AUGGGCGAAUCCAAUUGUCACAGAGAAAGAAGAAGAAACGAAGAAAAUGGAGGAGGCGGGGAUGUUAGGGUUUCUCGCCGUCGGAGCCGUUUCUAUCGAAGGAGGAGAGGGGGAGAUAUUAAAGUGUUGAAGAAGGAGCACAAAACGACGACAUUUAAGGCUAUCUGGGUCGGAUAUGUCCGAUUUACUUGGUCUGGGUCGGAUAUGUCCGGUUUACUUGGUCUGGGUCGGAUUUUGGUGGUUGGGUCCUGCAAUGUGUGUGAUGCUCUGUCUUUGGAUUCUCGAACCCGUUGCUGCCCAUUGAAAGGAGAAAGAUUCUCUUGUCAUGGAUGCAACAUCCUUUCACAAUGCUGCAGCUCUUAUGAGUUUUGUGUUUCUUGCUGUUUGAAUCCAACUCGGACGCUUCUUGAGAAGGUGGUUAAGGUAAAAGUUGCAAAGCCGGCUACAGCAGGGACAUACAAGACUGUGUUUGAUUUUUGUGCCGGGAGAUGCCGCCAUAGUUCUGAGAGUGUGGUUCAUGAAAAUACAUACCACAGCAAGUUUCACCAUUGUUUUUCUCUGACGUCAAAUGCUUCAGGGGCGAAUCUUACACAAGUUGAGACAAGACUUCUUGGCAUUGAUGUUAUUGUCGGAAGGCAAGGAGAUUCAUGCGAUGAUGUUUGCAAGUCACGUGGACAAUUGUGUGUGAUGAAUAAACUCUCACUGUUAAACCAAUGUGAUGUUAUGCAAAGAUACAUGACCUGCAAAGGCUCCUGUUUAGCAAGUGCCGGCGCUGACCAACCUGCUGAAGUUGCUGAUGAUGCACCCAGAGAUUUGUAUCCAGGCGCGUGCUUGUAUAGCCGGACACAGUCAAUGCUUUCUUGUGACGGUUCACACCAAUACACUCGACGACUCUGCCCAUGUGCCUAG